AAAGGCAUCCUCUGCUCAGGUCACGGUGAAUGUCACUGCGGGGAGUGUAAAUGCCACGCAGGCUUCAUCGGGGACAACUGUAACUGCUCCACGGAGACGUCCAGCUGCAUCGCGGACGACGGGCAGAUGUGCAGCGGCAGAGGGAGCUGUGUGUGCGGCCGCUGUCAGUGCAGCGAGCCGGGGGCGUUCGGAGACACCUGUGAGAAGUGCCCCACCUGCCCCGAUGCAUGUGGCACCAAGAGGGAGUGUAUCGAGUGCCGACUCUUCAACUCUGGACGGCUCGCGGACAACCAGACCUGCCAGCGCCUCUGCAAGGAUGAAAUCAUCACCAUGGAAACACUCGACACGGAGGACCCCGGCGCGGUGCUCUGUCUCUAUAAGACAGAAAACGACUGUGUCAUGAAGUUCACGUAUUCUGAACACGCCAGCGGACUCUCCAUCCUCACCGCUCUGAAAGAACCAGAGUGUGGUGGGGGUCCGGAUGCCAUGGUGGUGCUGCUGGCGGUGGUGGGCAGCAUCCUGCUGGUGGGGGUGGUGCUGCUCGCCGUGUGGAAGUUGGCGAUCACCGUUCAUGACCGGAGGGAGUUUUCACGUUUCCAGAGCGCAGGGUCACGAGCCCGCUUUGAGAUGGCCUCCAACCCUUUGUACAAGCAGCCUGUCACGACACAUUUUGUAGAAACAGAUUUCAACAUGUACAGGAAGUCCUACAACGGGGCGGUCCACUGAUCCCUCGAAGCGGGGCGCGGCAGGACCGGUCCGACGAAACUCAUCCCUGGAGGACACACUUCUCACCUGAUAACUCAAGUGACAUGAACUACACUUCCUGUUUCCAAGAGGGGAAAUCUGUGGCCUUUUUCUAUCUUUACGCAGGAGAUUCAAGCCUUCCAGAGACGUGACCUUUUUUCUUCAUGACAGCACAACCGUCAGAGGAGCAGCAAAAAAAACAUGAACUCCUUGGUCUUGUUUAGAGUUUGUCUGCAGUUACAAAAACAAAAAAAUAUGACUCCAACAUAAAACCACCAUUCAAUGUUUGCACAGAGCAGACAGGCUUAUACUUUUUAUAAACACUAAAAAUGCCUUUUUUUAGUAUAAACUUUGCACCCAACAGGACUCAUGAUUCAAAUUCACAGGAUUAUUAAAAAGCACAUGUGUCUGAAGGUGGCUAUGAUGACGUUGUGGUACUACUAACAUUUACUAAGCAAUAGACUUCUUACCCUCAUUUUGCACAGAGAAUAUUAAGAGUCAAGUCUCGUAAAGAUUUACAUUUUCUUCGAUGUAGUGUGUGUGCGUGUGCGUGUGUGUGUGUGUGUUGUGGUAAACUCCAGUUGCACUCCCUUCUCUUAAGCUGAAUCAUGAGGUACCAGCUCCCCCCCGAGCCUAAAGCUCCUGGUUCUUUAUAUUUUUCUUUUUGUUAACUAAUCCCUUGUAAAGACCAGAACUAACAAUGUGGUAGUGUCUUAAUAAUACUUUCAGAUUUCUUACAGACCCAAAUUCAUUUGUUCCUGAAGACAUACAUCUUUAAAAUACUUCAAAGAUAUUCCCUUUUCUUAUAGUCAUUUGUUAAAAGAAACACUGAAUAUUACUUGAUACACAAAUAUAAUACACAUUUAAAUAUCUAGUUUAGUAUUUACAGUAAGGCUAAACCAGUUGUCAGUCGAUUGGGCAAUUAAGGAAUAAUUGAUCUGCAGCUAGUUUCAACAUUUCAGUUUUUCUCUUUCUUUAAUCUUUAAAAACAUUAAAUAUUCUUCAGUUUUAUUGGUCAGAAACUUUCAUUUGCUGCUUUUCCCUGUUUUAUAGUAAACAUUAUAUAUAUAUUUGGGAUUUAGACAGUCACCUUGGGCAUUAUGAUAUAGUGACAGGCUUUUAAAAAUAAAGAUAUCUGACAUUUUGUUGACCCAGUGAUUAACCAAGAAAACUUAAAAAAGAUAAUGGAGCGGCUUUAUGGCACAGCGGAGUGAGAUAUUAUUGUUGGUUUUGGUCUUUUGGUUGAAUUAAAAAAAGGAAAAAUCGCCAGCCACUAUGCCCCAUAAUCCUAAAUAAAUAUCCAACACUGUGGAAAAAGCAUUUAUAUGAUGAUAAAGUAGAUGUGUUACAUAUGAUCGUUGGUACUUGGACACAUGCAGUACUUUGGAAAUACAGUAUGACCAGGAAUCUGUGGAAAAAGCUAUCUUAAAUCUCAGUGGGACAUUCUUGGCUGAAUUAAGGAUAAAUAAACAUUUAAAAAUGAAGGGCUUUUGCUAUAUGAAGCCCUUGUGAUGGUGCGUGCACUGGGAAUGGGUGGAAACUUUGAGAAACCUCAGAGAAGAGAGUCAAACAUCUGGAAUUACCCACAGGAAUAGUUUGAGCUGUCGCAGGGAAAUCUGACAGUGAGAAGAGUUUAAGGAGAGAUGAGGGUGCUCUGUAGCCUUUUUUGUCACAGUCUUACAGUAAAAGUGGCAGGGACUUGGAGUGUGUGUGUGUGUGUGUGUGUGUGUGUGAGUGAGGGAAUGAGUGAGUGCAAAGAGUGUGUGUAAAUAUUAUAACAUGUACAUACAGUGCCAAAUGAAAUGUUUCCAGUUGUGCAGUUUUGAGUAGGUUUGGCUGUGUGUCUUGGCACAGUUUACUCACCCACAUCUCCUUCAGUCUUCCUUUACAGACGUGAACAUUUUCACAUGGAUGAACAGACUCACACCACUUCAUGUUUAUGUAAAACUGCACACAGAGCAAGAACAAUAAAUCUGCUUAUGUCAAAAUG